AUGCUGUCAAAACUCCCCACGGGCACCUACUACCUCUUCCUCCCAUGCCUCUUCUCCACCCUCCUCGCCGCGCCGCUCGCGAACCCCAUCACGCCGCCCCUCACCGUGCUCGGCACGUCCAUGCUCUUCUUCGCCGGCGCCCUCAUCAUGCGCGGCGCAGGCUGCACGAUCAACGACCUCUGGGACCGCAAUCUCGACCCGCACGUCCGCCGGACCCGCCUGCGCCCCAUCGCGCGCGGCGCCGUGACCCCGCGCCAGGCCCUCGUCUUCACCGGCGCACAGCUCCUCGCGGGCCUGACCGUGCUCCUGCAGUUCCCGCUCGAGUGCUUCUUCUACGCCACCCCGAGCCUCCUCUUCGUGGCGUCGUACCCGCUCGCGAAGCGCGUCACGUACUACCCGCAGUUCGUCCUGGGGCUCACCUUCUCCUGGGGCGCCAUGAUGGGGUUCCCUGCGCUGGGCGUGGACCUGCUGUCGAGCGUGCCGGCGCUGACGGCUGCGGCGUGUCUGUAUGGGUCGAAUGUGGCGUGGACGGUGCUGUAUGAUUUCAUCUACGCGCACAUGGAUGCGCGGGACGAUGUCAAGGCCGGCAUCAAGAGCAUUGCGCUCGCGCACGACCAGUCCAAGAGGCUAUUGGUGGGACUGGCGGCUGUGCAGGUGGGCUUCCUGACCGCUGCUGGGGUUGCGGCGGGGGCUGGGCCGGCCUUCUUUGUGGGCAGCUGUGGAGGGGCGGUCGCCACGCUGGGGUACAUGAUCAGGAAGGUCAACCUGCAGAGUGUCAAGGAUUGCUGGUGGUGGUUUGUCAACGGGUGCUGGCUGACGGGUGGGGUCAUCAGUGCUGGAUUGGCGGCGGACUAUGCUCUGAAGUAUACACAGAAGGCGGAGGAGACGGACCACGAGGAGAAGUAG